GGAUCUCUUCUCCCUCCAAAACUUGGAAUGUCGAUGAAACUCUGAUCCCAUUCUCCUCCUUCUUCUUCCUUCUCCGUGUUUUCUUUUGACUAUGGACGAAGCUUCGUUGAUGCGCAACACCGAUUGCGUUUAUUUCUUGGCAUCUCCCCUCACUUGCAAGAAGGGAGCUGAAUGCGAGUAUCGGCAUAAUGAGAUUGCGAGGCUUAACCCUAGGGAUUGCUGGUACUGGUUAUCUGGCAGUUGCCUUAAUCCAACAUGUGCUUUCAGGCACCCUCCAUUGGAUGGCCAGACUGGAGUUUCAUCUGAGCCAACACAGUCUGCUGUGCCUGCAAAUAAGACAAUGGUUCCCUGUUAUUUUUUCUUCAAUGGAUAUUGCAAUAAAGGCGACAGAUGCUCAUUUUUGCAUGGGCAUGAUGAGAGCCAUUUCACUGUAAAGCCUGUAAAGAAUGACAAGGGAGGCACUGAUCCACCCAACCUAGAGAAUAAGGUGUUGUCAGGAACUGCCCCAUCAACAACUGAAACUCAUUCGAACCCAUCGUUAACUGCCCCAAAGGCUUUGCCCACUUUCAAGCCUCCACCUAAGGAAGAUCUUCAACUAUCCUUACCAAAAAAUGUUAAACAGCAAGGUGAUUUCCCUACAUAUGUUAAACAGCAAGGUGAUUCCCCUACAUAUGCUGUUGAGUAUGAAGAAGCUACAGUUGCAGGGUCGGAGUCUCCGUAUCCAGAAGGAAGAUUUGUUGAUAACAUCUCUCAACGAUGCAGUGAGCAGGGUUCAGAGGAGCAAGUAAAUGGUCACAUUGAGCCUGAUGAACGUUGGGAAUCAUCAUCCCCUGGAUUUGAUGUUCUUGUUCAUGAUGAAUCGGCAAACUUGGGCUAUGAGGAGGAUCCUGAAUAUCUUCCUGAUGGGGAACAUGAGGAACUGAAUGAACAAUACUUGGGGUAUGAAUUUGAAAACCCAGUUGAGUAUGAUAAUAUGUGCCGCAAAGCUGACAUCCUGUAUGAACAAGAAAUGUAUGAUGAUUAUAGACGUUUAGAUAGAGAUCUUACUCGUGCUAAUGGCAGAAGAGUUUGUGAUUGUUCCAGUGAUAUAAUCUUAGAUUCUAUGUUGACUAGGAAAAGGAUUCAGAUGAGUGAUAUAGCUACCUGUGACGGGAAGUUAGAUCUACGAGACCAUCUGAGAAGACGAAGGGAAAGUAGUGGUCCACCUGAUGCAAGUUUCAUCAGACGACAUGAAUCCUCUUCUUUGAUGGUUCGAAACCGGGAAAGGCAUCAAAGGCAUUACAAUGAACAGAGACCAAGGGGAAGAUUGUCAUCGCAAGUGGGAAUUACCACUAUAGACCCCAUUGGAGAGGUUGAAACUCUUUCAAUUGCUAACAAGCCAAGGUUAUCUAGGAAUUCCCAGCAGCAUUGGCCAAGGAAGCAUUAUAGAGAAAAGCCAUCUAAACGCCAGUUUCAUUCAUCCAAUGACUCCAGGAGACCAGUUUUCAAGCAAAGGAGAUUUGUUCACGAGUCCUCUACAUUUUCAGGACCCAAGAGCCUUGCAGAAAUUAGAGAAGAGAAGAAAAAGGCUGCAGGAAGUUUUCACUGCAAAAGCACAUCACCUGAUUUUCAGGACCCCAAACCUCUUAGUGAAAUUCUCAAGGGCAAAAGGAGUGUGGACGGAGUUGGAGAUGUCAAUGUCUGCAGCAACUGAAUUUUGAGUUCAAAGUAAUGGUUUCGAGAGACUAAUAAUUUUCAACGUAGAUAAAACUAGAUAAGAUGGGGUGGAGGAAUUGGGUUUUUGCCGCUGGUAGUUGCUGAUACUUUUGGAUAACCAGUGUUUGACUAGUAAAGAUAAACGUUGUUGGUUGAGUUUGUUGCUUUUGUCAAAGGCAUAUCUACCGAGUGGAUUACCGUUUUUCAUGAAUUUUGACUCUGACUGCCCUACCUGUUUCUCUUGUACAAAGCUGCAUAUUCACCUAUUCAGCAAGUAUUAAGUAGUUUUUAG